AUGCCUUUCCACGACCAGGACUGGGAAGACCUGCAGCGCGACUGCGACAUCUUCCCUGCCUACACCGACUUCAUCUACGGACCCGACGAGCGUCUGGUCGUGACCCAGGAACCUGGUUUACACCCUGCGAUAUACUACAUGAGUCCACCUCCGCCAGUCCGGUACACUAACAGCAUGCCUUCACGAUCUUGGUCUUACAGGACCGCCGAACGAUUCGAGGGGCUUGAGCCUGCAGCUAUGAGAGAGGUGCAAAAUGCGAACUAUGGCUUCGUUAACACCGAUAUGAGUGGCACACGCAGCGGCAGUACUACUCCCGGAUUGGAUGUACGCCCGCAGACGGGCAGUCCCCUCUAUCCGUUGUUACCACCGCAGGGCGUCCGCACUGUUCACGAGAAGGCAAUUGCGCAACGUAGCAUGUCGAACGCGUCGCAGCGUCGACCCCAGCCUGGAUCAGCAGUUCGCUUUAGCCCAUCACAGCAGCAGCAGCAGCAGCCAGUGCGAAUGACUAGGCAACAGACGCAGAUGAGGAAUGCUCCGGUCUAUCAACAGCCUGCUGUUCAGCAACAAAAGCCGUCCUUCUUGCGCUCAUCAUCUACUACUGAUAUCGAUGAGAACCUGGCGCAGGUGAACUCACGUCAUCAGCCAGCCAUGCUCUCGCCUUUCACCUCACCAGCGCCGAUGCUACCCCCGCCAGUUAUGCUGCCCCAACAACAGUCAUACAGUGCCACCGGUCUGCCUGAGAGCUCUACUCCCAGCCCAGCUUUGAACAACUUCACAAACCCGAGUAAGCAGAUUCCUCUUCUCCGACCAGUCGAUAUACUGCACGAUCCGCGAUACAACAUCCUCCACCCCGACAAGCGUUUGGAGAUCGCCAAACUCCUCCACGAAAAUGGGGCUGUUGUGCGCGACUCUCGAGAUAAUGAUCUACGAGCGAGAGCUUUCGCGAACAUCCAAAAUGCCACCAUGAUUGUCAACCAGUCAAUGGCCAGCAUGCAGGCUGCGAUGGAGUUGCAGCAGCAGAGGGCGCGGCAGACUCAAAAUCAGGAGGGCUCCCAAGCGCGGAUGGGACAAGUACAUCAGACUCAACAGCCUCAGUUCCAGCCUCAAGCUCACCAGGUAUAUGCUCAACCCCCGCUUCAGCCGGGCAUCACACCCGUGCAAUCCUCCCCGUCGUCCCCGGACCCAUACUACACUAUUCCUCACACUCCUCAACAGCAGAUGUCGCCACCUCAGCCACCCGCACCUCAAGGCUAUCCGACGUCGUAUCCUCAGGAUUCCACUCCGAACCCUACACCGCCGCAACUGUCCGUCCAGCUCCGUGCGAACAUCAAUCGCCACCUGCUACAGGUCUGGCAGUGUCUGCGGGUCGUGUUAUGUACCCCGGAUAACCCGUCAGAAGAAGCUGCACAGAACAAGGAGCGCUCAGGUCGGUGGAUUGAACAGUUCAAGGCUAGCUUGCCAGGUGAAGGACGCCCGUACCUGAUGCAAGUCAUGUCAAGGAUGAUCAAGGAGCAUAACGCAGGGGGAAAUGUAAUGGCGUUGUUGGGGGUUCCUUCCCGACCAGCCUAG